CACAUCCGGGUCACCGCGUCCUCAUGCUGUAAGCAAGCAUGGCUGCGAAAAACAAGCACCGUAAAAAGCCCAGAGCGAGCAGUAAAGAGACAUUUCAGCCCCAAGAAGACGACAUGGAGGCUGACAACGGCGGCGGGGAGGAAGACGGUGAUUCAGCCGCCGAUGAAGGUGAAGACCGAGCGAAGAAAGAGGAAGAAGAGUUCAGCCUGGAUGAGGUUUUGAGGCUGGGAGGAACACAGGCCGAUUACAUCCUGCUUGCCGGCCUGAACGACUCCAACGAGCUCGUCGACGGAGGAAAGAAAGGAGCCAUAGACGACCUGGAGGAGGGCGAGCUCGAGAAAUUCAUCACCAAACUGGGCAUCAAGGCGUACGCCGGGCUGCAGGUCAUCGCGGACGAGCCCGAGGGCGACGCUGCAGGCGCCAGCGAGAAGGAAAGUAAAAAAGCCAAAGCCAAGAAAGCUUCAGCAGAGGAACAAGCGUCCAACUCUCAGCAGCAAGUAAUCAACAACCAGACGGCGGCGGACAAACAGACGGCGAAGAAGAAGAAAGAUGCUCAGACGACCGCCGGGAAAAAGGCCAAACAGAACAUAAAUGUGUUUGAGUUUCAGCAGAGGCAGGUCCUGCUGAUCAAACCUGGAGGGAAGUGGUUCGACCUGGACUACACCGCCGAGGGCUCGUCGGCCGAGCAGGAUCCCUCACUGGUGUCCCAGUACAAGGCGCUCGCUCAGCAGCUCUUCGAGGCCGAGGUGGCGCUCUACAAGAGCAAGAAGAACCUGCAGAAAGGAGCCAACUCCAACUGGAUGAAGUCGGUCGUCUCCUCCGGCGUGUUGGCGGACAGGAUGGCAGCAAUGACGGUUCUGAUCCAGGACGCUCCGGUGCACACGCUGGAGCACGUUGAGAACUUGGUGUCCAUGGUGAAGAAGAAGGGCAGCCGGCGGAUGGGUCUCAUGGCUCUGGACACACUGCGAGAGCUACUGCUGUCCGACCUUCUCCCGGAGCACAGGAAGCUGCGCCACUUCGCCCAGCACCCGUUCGACCAGCUGGAGGAGAAGGCCAGCGGCAACCGCGACGCCCGCGACCGCCGCCUCAUCCUCUGGUACUUUGAGCACCAGCUGAAGCACAAUGUGGCCGAGUUUGUGAUGGCUCUGGACACAGUGGCUCACGACACGGUGGCGGCCACCAAGGCGAAGGCGCUGGCUACCGCCCACGAGAUGCUGUGCAACCGUCCGGAGCAGGAGAGGGCGCUGCUGAUCCAGGUCGUCAACAAGCUCGGAGACCCCGAGUACAAGACGGCGGCCAAAGCGUCGCACCUGCUGGAGACGCUGCUUCACCAACGCUCCAACAUGAAGGCGGUGGUGUGCUGCGAGGUGGAGCGGCUCAUGUUCCGGCCCAACAUCAGCCCGAAGGCGCAGUACUACGCCGUGUGCUUCCUCAGCCAGGUGAUGCUGAGCCACGACGAGGCCGAGCUCGCCGCCAAACUCAUCACCAUCUACUUCUCGUUCUUCCGCGCCUGCGUCAAGAAGAAGGACAUCGAGUCGAAGAUGCUGAGCGCGCUGCUGUCGGGCGUGAACAGGGCGUAUCCCUACGCCGGCACUGGGGACGAGAAGGUGAAGGAGCAGCUGGACACGCUGUUCAAAGUGGUUCACGUGGUGAAGUUCAACACGGCCGUGCAGGCGCUCAUGCUGCUCUUCCAGGUGAUGGACUCCCAGCAGACCAUCUCUGACCGGUACUACGUCGCUCUGUACAGGAAGUUGCUGGACCCCGGGCUGUCGUCGUCCUCCCGGCAGAGCAUGUUCCUCAACCUGCUGUACAAGUCUCUGAAGGCCGACAUCGUGCUGCGGCGGGUCAAGGCCUUCGUGAAGCGGCUGCUGCAGGUCAGCGCCGAGCAGAACGCCAGCUUCGCCUGCGGAGCGCUCUUCCUGGUGUCGGAGGUCAUGAAGGCCAAACCGGGCCUCAGGAUGCUGCUGCAGGAGGGCGGGGGCGGCGAGGAGGAGGAGUUCAAAGACCUCGCUGAGGAGAAUGAUGAUGAUGAUGAUGAAGAGGAGCGCUUUGUGGAUGCCGACAAACUGGAGGAGGGAGCGAGUGCAGAGACAGAGGAGGCAAAGCCCGCAGCAUCGUGGGUACAUCACCAGAACCUGGAAGGAGGGAAGAGCAUGCAGAACUACGACCCGCUGCACAGAAACCCGUUAUUCUGCGGCGCCGACCACACGACUUUAUGGGAACUACAGAGGCUCUCCCUGCACUUCCACCCCUCAGUGUCCCUGUUUGCAAAAACUCUCCUGCAGGGAGGGUCCAUCCAGUACUCAGGCGACCCUCUGCAGGACUUCACCCUCAUCAGAUUCUUGGAUCGAUUCGUCUUCAGAAAUCCCAAACAGCUGAAGGGAAAACAAAACACAGACACUGCAGCGCUGCAGCCCAAACAGAGGUCAACUGUCAACUCUUUAUCAGUGAACUGUGAGGAGUUUCUGGCUAAAGAAGAGAGUCAGAUCCCUGUGGAAGAAAUCUUCUUCUAUCGUUUCUUCAAGAAGCGGCAGCAGGAGAAGAAUCUUCGUCGGCCACGAGGAGACGGCGACAACGAGAGCGUGGAGGAUGUGGACGAUGACGAGUUUGAGAAAAUACUCGAUUCCUGUGAGGGAGACUCUUACUUCACUGAUCUGCCAGUAGAUGAUCUGGACUUUGCAGGAAAUGUGAAGAGUAAAAAAGGAAAGAAGAACGUGGAGGACUCCGACUCAGACAUGGACGACUCAGACAUGGACGACCUGGACGACGAGGAGGUGUCUCUGGGCAGCAUGGACGAGGAGGACUUCGGUGAUGAGCUGGAGGAUGAAGGAGGGAUGUUCAUGGAUGCUGACGAUGAAGUUCCAGAGCUGGAGGAUGACGACGUUGCAUUUGGUGAUUCAGACGAUGAGUUGGAUGCUCCAGAUAUAACUCCACGUACCAAGAAGGGGAAAAGAAAAUCCUCAGAGGAACUCGACUUCGGUGGAUCUUUAGGUUCCAAACAGGUGAAGAAGAAGAAAGGAAAGAAAGACGCAGCCAUGUUUGCUUCGGCCGAAGAGUUCGGCUCCCUGUUGGAUGAGAACGCCGGCUCCAAGUUUGACAACAUCGGGCUGAACGCCAUGGCCAACACUGACAAAGCAGGCCUGAAGCAGCUGAAGUGGGAGGCUCAGCGGGACGACUGGAUGCAGGGGCGCGACGUCAAGACGCUGCGCAGGAAGAAGGCGAUGUUCAACAAGAAGAAGGCGUUCGGCCGAGCGAGGACGGCAGGGAAGACGUUCGGGAACAAGAAGAGGAGGAAGUAGCGGCUGCUGUCAGUUUGUUGUUGAUUGUUAACUGACCGACAGCUUCAGUCCUCUUUGGCCGACCAGGCUUCGUGGUCUUUCUCCCGGAUGCCGUAGACCCCCGCCCACUCGUUGGACUGGUAGUAAACUGGGAGGAAACAGACGAGGGACUGGUUUUCAGACGGAGUCGGCUGAUUAAAGACACACACUGUCUGACUUUUCUCUCAUUAACAGGACGAAAUAUGAUCUGAAGAGGAGCCGUGUUUAGUUUUUUUUUUUUUUUUUAUACAACUAAAGACUUUGGUAUACGGGGACAUUGCGUUGCCAUGGUUACGCAUUUUGGUCUGCAGAUGAUUAUGUAUACAUUUAACGAUUUAAUACAAAACAGAUUUUCCUGUAUCUAUUUUAACUCUGUACAGAGCUCAUAUUCAUUCUGCCCCUGUGUUAUAUGAUGACAUGCAUCAAACAUUAAAGUUAGUAGUUUGUUUAUAAGAGUAAUUAUGUACACUGCAAACAAAUGCUCAUAUUUUCAGUUCUGAUCGAUUAAACACUUUGGUCUUUUCUCCA